GAGCGGCCACGGCCGCGGAGGAGGCGCCGCCCCAGGGGGAGGAGGAGGUGCCCGCUCGCCGCAGACCGCCCGCGGCCGAGGCCGCCCCGGUGGCGGCGCGGCGGGAGCGGCCGGCCAGGCUGUGCGGCCCAGGGGCAGGGCCGGGGGAGGGGACGCCGCCCUUGCCCCCGCCCGCGGGCUACCGGGACCCUCCCGCGGGCGCGCACCGGGCUGCAAGCACAGGCUCAGGACUGCUGACAAGGCCUCCACAUCCCAGGAGUCAGUGAACGGACAGGAGCGCCCCCUCGGAAGGGAAGGCCCGCCGCCCCAAGUCCACCUCCCUCGGCAUGGGCUUGGCCACUGCGGUGGCCUGGAGGUGCCUGCUGCUCUGAGGGUCGCCCGUCAUGGGGGCAGCCCUCUCCCAGGGUGCCCUCAUCGCCAUCAUCUGCAACGGCCUGGUGGGCUUCUUGCUGCUGCUGCUCUGGGUCAUUCUCUGCUGGGCAUGCCACUCCCGCUCAGCAGACAUUGACUCGCUCUCCGAAUCCAGCCCCAACUCCAGCCCUGGCCCCUGCCCCGAGAAGGCACCCCCGCCCCAGAAGCCCAGCCAUGAGGGCAGUUACCUGCUGCAGCCCUGAGCGCCCCUGGUCCCCCACUCCCCUGGAGUCAGGGGCCUGAGCCUGGCAGUGGGGACCCAGAACCCGCCUCUCUGGAGCUGGAUGUAGCAGCCUCGCGUCUCCGGGCACUGGUGGGGGCUGAGAGUGACGGGCCUGGGAGGACGGUUCCGAGCCGGUGCUGGGGCGGGGACCGUCUGGACUCUGCUCUGUCCCAAGGGCUAGGCUGAUCACCUCUGGGAGGCCCCCGGGGUUGGGGAAGCGAACUGGAAUCCGUGGCAAUAACAGGAGGCUGUCUCAGCAGGGCCCCUCCUCGGGUCCUCCCCUUGUUUGCUGGACAAUAAAUGGAAC